AUGCCCCCACAGCCAAGAAUUGUGAUCGAGCUGCCAGAUGUGGAAAAUACUAUCCUUUCCUCCACAUACCAAGCUUCUAGUCCGGCAAGAUUUUCCACUGAUGACGACAAGUUUAUAAUGUAUGGAGGUGGACCGUCUUUUAUCAUCCAAUGCAAAAAUGUAUCAAAACUUCGACCUUUUUCAAGCGACCGAGUAUCUUUAUUUGUUUUGUCCUCAAACUUGGUUAUCUGGUCUCACAGGGAUGGUUUGGGAAUUGAAAUACCGUAUCAGUUGAUUUACUUGCAUGCGUUGGACAAGAAUUCGCUAUAUUUACAAGUUAAAAAUGAUUCAGUACUCAGUGAUACACUAAAUGAAAUUUUGGAAAUACGGUUAGCUGAGAGUGGUGACAAGGGGGAUGAAAAUGAGCUAUUUACCAAGGUGAAUGGAAGUGCCGAAGCCAUUUAUGGGGCAAUGACAACGUGCUCAGCCAUGCACUUUGACUCAGAGGAGGAAGAAGAUAGUAAAAACGCUACUGAUAUGAUGGAUCUUGAGCAAGCGCAUCUCCCGACUAUUGAAGUACCUGAGAGCUGGCUUAAUGGUGACACAUCCAACGUUGAAGAAAGGCCACUCAAAAAUGAUGGACAUGCUGACGACCUCGAUGGAGAUGUAGACGAGGCACCGCCAGAGGAAGGAGUUGUUGCUGCAAUGAGUGUUGAUGUCGGUUAUGCCCCAAUAGCUGGCAGUAAAAGAACAGAGCAAGACGAUGAUAUAGUUGUGAAGGAACCACUGGGGUUCAGCAAGAGAAAUAGAAAGGAGUAA